AUGCCUGUCAUCAAGGUUGGUGUCUCGGUUUCCCUGUCCGGCCAGUUUCAAACCCAGGGGCUACAGGCAUUGGCCGGUUUACAGGCUUGGGCCGAGGACGUUAACCGUGCGGACGGUUUGGCGGUGGCAGGCCGUCGAAACACCCUAAAAGUUGUCCACUACGACGACGCCAGCGUUGCCGAAGGCGCCACCCGUGCCACCCAGACCCUGAUUGAGCGGGACCGGGUUGACCUGCUGUUCGGCCCCUAUUCCAGCGGACUGGCCAACGCUGCCGCCACCGUAUCCGCCGAACACGGGCAGGUACUGUGGAACCAGGGCGGCGCUGCGGAUGAAAUAUAUCAACCCGGUAGCCGGGUAGUGGGCACUCUGAACGGGGCGCGGGAGUACUUGUCAGAAUUGCCGGGACUCCUCCGGAGUUCCGACCCCUCCGCCAGCACUCUUGCCAUUGUUCGUUGCUCGGCCGGGGCUUUUCCCAGGCAGGUCAGCGAGGGCAUGGAAACCCAGGCAGUUGCACAAGGCUUCACCAACGUUAUCGACCUUGAAUUCCCACCCGAACAAUCGGACUUUUCCUCUAUAGUUUCCCAGUUACACCAAGCAGACCCGGACCUGUUGCUGGUAGUGGGGCGCAUCAGGCACGACAUUUCUCUUUGCAGGGCCCUUAUUUCCCAAUGGAAGACCGCCCCACGGCCCAGGGCAACAGCGGUAGUAGCCGCUGGCAUUGCCCGCUUCAGGACGGAACUGGGGAGCGACGUUGACGGCUUCAUCGGACCCAGCCAGUGGGAACCUCCCGCGUUGCACGAUUCAGGGAUAUUGCCCUGCCCUUACAUUGGCCCCUCGCCAAAACAGCUUAUGGUAUCGUUGGAGUGUGCCAAACACUCCAAUGGCGGCCUGCCCAUUGACUACCCCAUGGCCCAGGCCUAUGCCGCCGGCCUUGUGGCCCAGCGUUGCCUGGAAGAGGCCGGCACCCCUGACCCUACGGCGCUUUGGAAUGCCGCAGUGAGCCUGGACUUUCACACAUUUUUCGGAAGAUUCAGAAUUGACCCGGCGACGGGAAAACAGGUUGGGCGUUCAGUUUUCAUGGUUCAAUGGCAGCAGGGAAGAAAAGUCGUAAUCUGGCCCCCGGAAUACCGUCAGGCAAGUCUGCAAAUACAAUAG